AAACGAGCAGAGAAUAUGCGACGCAUCGCUCUGGGCCUAGGUUUUGGUUUUGAUGCGUGGCGGAGCUGGGAGGUGGAGCGUCUGGAAUGCAGGGCAUGCUGCGCCACGAUCUUCUCGCCGGCACUGAUGUCACAACAGCAGCUCCUGGCGAUUUCCUCCAUUUCAAGGCUCACGUCCCUCUGCGACAUAUCUGGGUGGGAAACAAGCACUGGCGGUACUACCAGUCGGGGCCAAAGCUCUUGCCGCCUUUGGUGUGCCUGGGAGGGACUUCCUCCACUGCCGAGGUCUUCUACAAGAUUAUUCUCUCCCUCUCCGCCAAGGGCUAUCACGUAAUUGCUGCUGAUGCUCCUCCCGUGUGGAGUCACCAGGAAUGGAUCGCUUCGUUCGAGAAGUUUUUGGAUCAAAUUGGUGCACACCAUGUUCACUUGUAUGGUACUUCUCUCGGUGGGUAUUUGUCGCAGCUAUUUGCUCAGCAGCGUCCGAGGAGAGUAAAAUCGCUACUUCUCUCAAAUACGUUCUUGGAAACACACACUUUUGCUUCAGGAACUUCUUGGAAACCAUUGAUAAGUUGGACGCCCGAGUUCAUGCUAAAGCGAUACAUCCUGUCAGGAAUUCAUGAGGGGCCGCAAGAACCUCUCAUUGCCGAUUCAAUAGAUUUCGUGGUCUCCCAGUUCGAGACCCUCUCCCGCGAAGAUCUCGCAUCACGCUUGACGCUCAACACGUCUCCUGCUGCAGUAGGCCAGAUCACACUCCCGGACUCGUGCAUCACCAUCAUGGACACGAAUGACUACUGUGCCAUCCCGCAGUCUCUCAAGGACCAAGUGGCUGCCAGAUAUCCCACCGCCCGAAAAGCCAUGCUAAAGUCCGGUGGAGAUUUCCCCUUCCUCUCUCGAGCAGCCGAAGUUUCACUUCACGUACAGCUCCAUCUGAUGAGAGUUGGAGUGGAAGGCGUUCCCGACGCUCGUCCAAUCCCAUCCCCUGGGAGUGGUGGAAGCGGGGACUCCGCCGGCGACGAUCAAUACCAAGGCCGAAGCCCCGACGGAGACAGAAGCUCUGCCGCGAGAGACGAGCCAUCUUCGAGCAGUCCAGCAGCCACCGACCGGAGCUUCUCUCCAAGCGCCAUGGACUCGUUCAAGCGACUGGGUCUCGCAAAUCACCUCCAGGUCGACUUGCAAGUCUCUCACCUCUUUUCUUUGCUGUGUUUGUUAGCCGCUGUACAAGAAUUUUGGUUUUGUUCGCCACUAGCUACUUGUCCGAGCUUGAAAGUUUGAUCGUUUUCUUUGUUCUUGUAAUUUACAACCAUCUUUUUUUUUC